AUGAUGAAGCCUCCCAAUUGCAUGGAUGUAGAGGAGGCAGCUGACAUUGUACAAACUCUCCUCUACCACUCUACUCCUUUAACACGAAUAUGCAACACUAGUGUUGAUUGUUUGUGGAAAUGUCGAAAUAAAAGAUUAAGCACACCACCGUACUGUGCUUUUCACAUUACCAAGCAGCAAUCAUGUGGAGCAGCAGCUUGUAGUACAUUUGUGAAUGCUACAAUGCCUUCACCUUGUUGGAGAACCUUAAAUUCAUUUAUGACUUCAACUAUGUAUGCUCGUUUUAUCCCAUCGCACCAACUGAAACUGCAACAGUGGCAGAAUGGAUCCAGGAGCACUCUUCUGCCGGACUCCACCAAAAUGACUAAAUCACUAACAUACUUUAGAAUUGCAAGUCCAUUUAUUUGUCUAAAAGCCACAACUGAUGUGGUUGUUAUAGUAAAUGAUGACAAGCAUAUGAAUUGGAAUGCGACCAGUGUGAUGGCUAUAGUAGAACAAAAUAAAAGUGUUAAAGGUGGUUCAGUAACGGAGGUUGGUUUAAUUCCUCUUCAGCAACCACAACAAUCAAUGAUGAAGCACUCAAUCCCAACGUUGGAUGUCGUUUUGCAGGGCGAUUCACCCACUGCACCGUUUUUGUCUUGGCAAGUUCUAUUACCAAAAUCAAAUGACACAGUCUUUUGCCUGUAUUCUUCCAAAUUGAAUCUUCUCUCUCUUCUCAAAGUUGCUUAUAUUCACCUUUUACCUUCCCCAUUCCCCUUCCAUCUUCACACUUCUGCUCGUAGUUUUCACCUCAAAAGUUUUGACGCAUCUGAGCAGUUGCACUUUGCUUGGCCAUACCCGUCUCCUCACGUGAAAUGGGAUUUAGUAUUUGUGCUCGUAGAAUUUACAAAACAAUCGAAUGAUGAAAAAUUGGGAGAUUGCAUGUGCAUAUCGACACAAAUGAAACGGCGAAGUCGAGGGAAAAACUUUACUCUUACCACCAACUUCCAUUUCUUGAAGGCAGCACUUCUAACUAUUGACGCAAGAUCAUUGCCACUAUUGUCACAUGCCACAUCACGGGCUUAUUACCGGUUACUAUCAACAGAAAAUUGCGAAAUCAUCUACACUUUUGCUUAUCUCAAGAUCUCAGAAGAAAUGAAAUAA